AUGUCCUCCCCGCAGAUCCUGCUCGGCCUGAACCAGACCAAACUGCUCUUCCUCCCCGACGUCGACGCACACGGCGGGCGCGUCGUGCAGGUCUCCCUCCGCGCAGCAAAGGAGCCCACCGCAGACGCCCUCGCGUCCUUCUUCCUCGCCCAGCGCGAGAUCAGCGAGCUCAUCGCCGCCCUCGCCGCGCAAACCACCAACCUCGCCACCCCCGCAGCGCUCGAGCUCGCCGGGGAGGGGUACGCGCUGCGCGCAGGUGCGCGCCCUUUCCUGCCGCCCCGCCUCCUUGCUGAGUCCAAGCCGUGGCAGCUGGCGCGCGAGCAGACCCUCGCGCUGGGAUGGGGCGCGCAGCGCGUGCGCCUCGCGCCGCUCAAGUGGGCGUUCGUGUUCGAGUGCGACGCCACAGGAAAUCGACGCGGUAGCAUGUGA